AUGUCUGGUCGCCAUUAUUAUUAUCAUCGGUGUUUCUCAUUGAAGAGAACGGGCGAAUUUGCUCAACAUUGGUUUCGUGAACGAACAGCGUCCUUAUCGCGUGGACAUCAAUCUCUCAAACGUGAUACUUCAUCUACUAUUGAUAUCAGCCAGAAGAACUUUGGCCAGAGAAUGGCUAAGAAAAAUUAUGAUCUUCUCUUUAAAUUAUUACUGAUUGGUGAUAGUGGCGUUGGAAAGACAUGUAUUUUAUUUCGAUUUUCGGAUGAUUCAUUUAAUGCUUCGUUUAUUUCCACAAUCGGUAUCGAUUUUAAAAUAAAAACUAUCGAACUUAAUGGUCGAAAGAUCAAAUUACAGAUAUGGGAUACUGCUGGCCAAGAACGAUUUCAUACCAUUACUACGUCGUACUAUCGUGGAGCAUCCGGAAUCAUGCUUGUCUAUGAUGUCACACAAGCUAGAUCCUUCGAAAACAUCAAUAAGUGGCUGCGUAAUAUUGAUGAUCAUGCAUCCGAUGAUGUUGUUAAAAUGAUUAUCGGGAAUAAAUGUGACAUGGAAGAUAAGCGUUGUAUAGCUCGAGCACGUGGCGAAGCAUUGGCACGUGAACAUUCUAUACCGUUUCUUGAGACAUCAGCGAAAAAUAAUGUUAAUAUAGAAAAAGCUUUUUUCGAAAUAUCAAGGCUGAUAUUAAGUAAAACUCCAUUGAAUCCACCAGAUCAAACAAAUGGAAAUUCUGUUGGUGUAUUACAUGGAAAUAAACCAACAAACCAAUCGAACUGUAUGAAUUGCAUGUAA